AUGUCGAGGAUAAAUGAGACUCAAGUUCCCUUUUUUCUAUUCUCUGGACUGACCGAUGAUGGAAGGCUCGCCCCAUUCCUCUUCAUAUUCUUCACACUUGUAUAUGCCGUGACUGUUAUUGGCAAUGCUGGCAUGAUAACUCUGGUCCACACCACCUCCAGCUUCCACACCCCAAUGUAUUAUUUCUUGAGUUACCUGUCCGUGGUUGACCUGUGCUACUCCUCUGUGAUAACGCCUAAGAUGCUGUGUGACCUGUGGUCCAGGAUGAAGUCCAUCUCAUACAAUGGUUGCGCUCUUCAGCUAUUUUUCUUCGCUGGCCUGGCAGUCACGGAGGCUCUUCUGCUGUCGGGGAUGUCGUACGACCGAUACGCCGCUAUCUGCCACCCUCUCCACUAUAACUCAAUAAUGACCAGGAAGAAAUGUUGGGGGUUGGUCCUCCUGGCUUCAUCCAUUGGCUUCUUGCAGUCCUUGGUACAGACCAGCUGUGUGUUCAGUCUCCAGUACUGUGGCUCAAACAUUAUAGACCAUUUCUACUGUGACAUCCCCCCACUACUCAAACUGUCCUGCUCUAAAACAUUACCAUGUGACACUGUAACGGUCUUCUUCACGUGUUCCUGUGGUAUAGGCUCCAUGGUGUUGGUUCUAACGUCAUACUCUCUCAUAGUGGCUUCUAUCUUACGGAUGAAGUCAGCUGAAGGAAGACAGAAGGCCUUCAGUACAUGCUCUUCCCAUAUCAUGUGUAUUUCCAUCUUCUACGGGACUGUAUUUUUCAUCUACCUACGUCCUCCUACCGCUGCAUUGGAGAAAAGAGACAAGGUGGUCUCCGUUUUCUAUUCCGUGAUUAUACCCAUGCUGAAUCCACUUAUAUACAGCCUGAGGAACCAAGAGGUGAAAAAGAUCAUGAUGAAGGUAAUAAACAAAUCUAACCAAUAA